GCGUGCGUGCACGUUUCUUCGUGGCCAAGCCUAGGAGGCUUGAGUCUGAGUGGCGCCAUCGCCAUUGGCCAAUUCGCACUGACGCACGUCCGCCUUUGACGUGAACAACUCUCCCUCCCUCUCCCCAAGAUCGAUGAGCCACCCGCAACUCCUACCGGUCGUACGUAUAUAUGCCCUCGUGCGUGCGCGUGACUGGAAUUUCAGUUCGCUGCUGGGUAGAUACAAUCAUACAAAGAUCGAUCUCGUGAUGACACUUACGAGAGAGGAGGCGCACGAGAGCAAGGAGAUGGAGAGCCUCCGGGUGCACGCCGACGCGCUCCUCUCGCUCUCCUCACCCGCCGCGUCGUCCACGGCGACGACCGCGGCGGGCAGCAAGCCGGUGACGACGGCGACGACCGCGGCGGGAAGGAGGGCGCUGGCGGCGGAGGGCGUGUUCGAGUGCAAGACGUGCAGCAAGCGGUUCACGUCGUUCCAGGCGCUGGGCGGGCACCGCACCAGCCACACGCGGCUGCAGGCGCGGAUGCUGCUGCACGACGCCGCCGACGCCGCCGAGAGGGACAGGGCCAGGGUGCACGAGUGCGCCGUCUGCGGGCUCGAGUUCUCCAUGGGCCAGGCGCUGGGCGGCCACAUGCGCCGGCACAGGGGCGAGGCCGCGCCGUCGACGACGUCGUCGGCCGCCGUGCACGGCGAGGCCAGCUCCGGAGCGACGCAGCAGCAGGAGCUCAUGCCCGACCUCAACUACCCGCCCAUGGACGACUGCGGCGGCGACGGGCAAGGAACCUCCGCCGAUCGCAGCUCCGAGCGUCAGCUGCUUGAUCUGCUUGGAUAGCCUUUUCACAGAGAACAUAAGAACAUGUACUUACUUGUAUAGAUAGGAUGUGCAUACAAUACAAUACAUACAUGAUGAAUUGAUGAUUCCGUGUUAUACUACAUACAUGGAUGGCUUGAUUUAUUUGUUUAAUUAUUAUUAAGACAUAUGGAUGGGGUUCAAUUA